CGGAGAUGGUGACUCUGGGGGGAUGAAGGGCAGGGACCAUGGGGCUGGGUGUUCUUCUCAUCCCCCUCCUCGUCCUCAGGGUGGCCGGUUCCCGGCUGCAGAUAUUCACAGAUCCCUCCUCCCAGGCCCUGCUGGGCUCUGGGGCGCUGCUGAAAUGUCGGUUCGAAGUCGGGGGGCCGGUCGAUCUGAGCUCCCUGCGGGUUCAGUGGUAUCUGUGGGAGGAGAGGAUCGCGCAGUACAACCAGGGCAGGGGAGAAUCCCAGGUUAGAGCGAGCGUGUUGGAGCAGGAGUUGGAGAAUGGGAACGCAUCCCUGUCGCUCUCCAGUGUGAUGGUGUCGGAUGAGGGGCUGUAUAAAUGCGUCGUUGGUUACGGUACGGAGCAGCUGCAGGGAGAGACGACCCUCCGUGUGCUCGCUGCUCCCAGACUCUCCAUCCCCCGGCGAUCGGCCAGGACAGAUACAGCGACCUCCUUCCCCUGCCACGUGUGGGGAUUCUACCCCGGGGACGUCACCGUCACGUGGCUGAGAGACGGGCGGGUUCUGACCGACACCACCCGCUCUGCCCCCCAGAGGAACCCGGACGGGACCUUUAACCUCACCCUGACCUACACCUUCACUCCCAGCGCGAGCGACUCCGGCAGCAUCUUCUCCUGCCGCGUCACCCACGCGGCUCUGGCCCAGCCCCUGCGGGAGGAGUUCCCCCUGGCUGUCACAGCCGCUCCAAGGAUCAUCAUCCCCCAGCGAUCGGGAAUUAUAUUUAGAGAGACCUCCUUCCCCUGCCACAUGUGGGGAUUCUACCCCAGGGACAUCACCGUCACGUGGCUGAGAGACGGGCGGGUUCGGACUGAAUCCACAUAUUCUCCCCUGCAGAGGAACCUGGACGGGACCUUUAACCUCACCCUGACCUACACCUUCACCCCCAUGGAUUGGGACAAAGGCAGCAUCUUAACCUGCCGCGUCAGCCACGCGGCUCUGGUUCAGCCCCUGCAGGAGGAGUUUGCCCUGAUAAUCACAUGGUGGACAGGUGACAUAGUCGCACUUGUCUCAGGGAUCCUCCUCCUCGUGACUUUCCUAUUGCUGUGUGCAUGCCGGGUCUGUAAAGGGAAGGACUACCAGUCAGUUGUGACGUUCCCCUCUGUUGCUAUCCGGAUCAGUGAUCUGCGAGGUCACUCCAACGCUUGACUCUGGGAGCCAGGCUCACCCUGCUCUGCUGUGAGACUCCCCACCCCUGGGCUGGUCACGCACAGCCUCUGGCGUGUCAGCUGCUCCUUGGAUUGUGCAACCAAAUGACACCAGCCGAUAUCUCCGGUCCCAGACACAACCCUGGGAAGCUAGGCCCGCUGGACACUGCAAGCUGUAGCAAAGUCCCGAGUCUGUGUCAGUGGGUCCUGCGCUUCUGGGCGCAUUCAGUGGCCUCAGAAACUCGAUAAGGCCCCAGUGUGACCUCCCUUUCGCAGUGUAGCGGCAAGAGUCACAGCCUAUGGAGUUACUUCCAUCACCGGGCAGUACGGGAGAUGGGACGGGGGGACACCCCACAGUCUCGGGUACUCCACAGAGCUGAGUGGGCACAGUUCGGCCUCCCCCUGGACCCAGCCCUGCUUCCCCUCUCCAGGGGAUCUCUGUAGAGUAGGGGAGGGCGCGGGGGGGUUGGUCUGUGCUCACAUUGCUAAGCAAUUGGUUGGUAUAUUAUUCUCUAGCCUCCCCAGGAAAGGGUGUGAAGGGGCUUUGGGGAAUAUUUUCCAGUCUAGAGAACAGGGUUGCGUUAUUCCCUUUGGGGGGGUGGAGGCCCCGGGGGUCCAGAGCGAGGGGACUCCCUGAGGGGGCCCACGGCAGAGACAGACGUGCUAAGGCUCAGAGAGGUGCGGCCCCAAGAGGUGGAGGGACCUGACCCUGAGAGAGUGGACCCCCGAGAAGGGCUGUCACACUGAAGGGAGUUCCCCCCAGGGACCGCACGGGGCCAAGAGUGGGCACGAUCUGUGAGUCCGUGACACAGGACAAAGGGGGCUGCCAGUCAUGAGAAAUCCCUUAGCUACCACCUGAGCUGGAACAAGGGCUGUACCAGGGGAAAGGAUUGGGCCCAGACUAGGAAGGAGUCUAGUCUGUGAAAGAGGCUUAUUGGAACAUCUCUGAGGGUGAGAUUUACCUGUGCUCAGUUUCUUAAUGUAUUAGGCUUAGACUUGCGUGGUUUGUUUUAUUUUGCUUUGUGACUUACUUUGUUCUGUCUGUUAUUACUUGGAACCACUUCAAUCCUACUUUUUAUAAUUAUUUAAUACCUGGGGGAGCAAACAGCUGUGCAGAUCUCUCUAUCAGUGAUAUAGAGUGGGGACAAUUUAUGAGUUUACCCUGUAUAAGCUUUAUACAGAGUAAAACGGAUUGAUUUGGGGUUUGGAUCCCAUUGGGAGCUGGGUGUCUGGGUGCUGAAGAGAGGUGACAUGCUGAGCAGU